AUGUCGGGUCGCGAGAGGGAAGGCAAGGGGCUCGGGAAGCGGCGGCGCAAAGCGUUGCGGAUCCGAGGCGUCGCGACGCCGGUCGUCCGCCGCUUGGCCCGUCGCGCGGGGGUGAAGCGCGUCGCCUCGCUCGUCGGCGAGGAGACUCCUCGUGCCUUCUGCGUUUCUACGGUCGUCGGAGACGAGGUAAGCUACGUCGAAUAUGCCAGGCUGGGUGCGGCGCUCGGCAACUUGCGCAUCUCGCAGCCUGGUGAGGCAGCGAGUCGCCCCGUGACGGAGACGACUGCUGAGCGUCUGGCCGCCUGGCAGAGCGACAGCACAGACCACCUAGCCGCCUGGCAGAACGACCGAGCAAACCUCCUGGCCGCCGGACAGAGCGACCGAAGAGAUUCCUCGGCAUCCGAUUGUUGUGUCAGCAUGGAGUGCCGCUUCGACUCUCUCGUCCUGGGCUCGACCGAACCCGCCAACCGCCACACGGCUGGGGAUUGA